GAGAAGAAUGGCUGCCGGCAGCGCUUCCACGUUGCUCCCGCUGGUGAUCCUGAGCCUCUGCCUGACCGCCGCCUGCUCAGAGACCGUAGCUGAGGGCGCGCCCACUGUGGCGCACGAUAGCGUGGACACGUCUUCGGGUGGCGGGGCGUACGAUUUCACCACAAGGGACCCCUUCCGCGACCCCCCGGAGAACUCCUUCACCUACGAGUAUGAGGACACCACGUACUCCCAGCCGGCGGAAGGAGAAGGAGUCCUCGGACCCGGAGCCAUCGCCGCCAUCGUCAUCGCCGUCAUCCUGGGGGCUUCGGUGCUCAUUGCGCUCAUCGUCAUCACGCUUAAGAAGUUCACCACGGCCUAGAGGGUCCGCCCCCAGGGGACUUCUUCCUGCCAGGCUUUCCCUCCCUCUCCCUUUCGCAGCAAAGGACGGCACGGUCCCAUUUCAGGUCUUACGUGCAGCAGCUCCUGACCUGUAGGGGGCGAUCUGCUGCAUGUGGAACCUGGGACAGGGGGCCAGGAAGCGGGCGGCGUGGGAGACGGGCCAGACCCUGCAGAACUGAGGUCGUACGUCUUGAGGUGCUUCCUAUUGUAAAGGGAACUAGGGUCAACGGGUCAGAAACACGGUCCCAAUCCUUUGUUUCACCGCCCAUAGGCAGACCAGUUCUACCAUUA